GAAAGAAGGUGGCAUAAGUUCCCUUCCACCAAGCACUCCCUCGCCUCCCAGUCACCGUGAAUCCGCAGUCUUGGUGGCGGCGGCGGACUAAACGAGACCAACAGGCACUCACACUUACUUCAUUUACAUGUGCCGGCUUUCGUGAACCGGCCAUUCACCUGAACCUGUUGAAAUACAGUAGUAGGAUGGUCCCACAGUACUAGUACCGUCCCUGCCUUGCUCUAAGGCAACCACCUCAAGAUAUGCCGCGGAGAGACCACCUGCUGCACGGAGGUGAUGGAACGCAAGCUCAGCGUGGAGAGCCGCCAGGAGUUUGACACCAACCUCAAGAACCUCCUCAACCCACUGGCCAAUCUGUUCAGCAAGAAGAACGUGAAGCUGAACGAGGUGUUCUACAAGCUGCUCAACCAGAGUCGGAAAAACUUUGAUGAGAUGUUCAGCCGCACAUAUGGCAUCCUGUACCAGCAGAAUGCCUAUGUCUUCACCACACUGUAUGACAAGCUGGAGGACUACUUCAGGAAUGGAGAGCAGGACCUGCAGGUUACCAUGGACAACUUCUUCAAGCUUUUAUACCAACGCAUGUUCACCGUCUUUAAUGUCCAGUACACUUUUAACAACCGAUACCUGCGAUGUGUAACUCACCACAUGGAGCAGCUGAAACCAUUUGGUGAAGUUCCAAAGAAACUCACGACUCAGAUCAAGAGAAGUUUUGUGGCUUUACGCACCUUUGCCCAAGGGCUUGCAAUAGGCCGAGAUGUGGUGAAAAAUGUCCUCAAGGUGAAUCCAAGUAUCAGUUGUGUGCAUGAGCUAAUGAGGAUGACCCACUGUUCUACCUGUGAUGGUCAUAAGGGAGUGAGGCCUUGUCUGCCCUACUGCAGGGAAGUCAUCAACCUUUGCCUGAUCCACCACCAGCCACUAGUAGAAUCCUGGAUAGAUUAUGUUGAUGCCAUGGUUAAAGUUGGGGAAAGGUUAGAGAAUCCCUUCAACAUUGAUAAUGUUGUCCAGCCAGUAAAUUACAAAAUCUCAGAUGCAAUCAUGAAUUUUCAAGAGUCCGGUGUAGAUAUCUCUGAGAAGGUGUUCAAGGGGUGUGGUCCCCCUCAGCUAGGACGCAAGAGGAGAGAGGCAGUUCGUGGUGAGCUAACACCAGAGUUUUUGGACUUCAGAAGCAAUGAUCGGCAAGAUAAGAAGAGGGACAGGGAUACUGAUGAUGUGUCUGUCAGUAGACACGUCCAUGAAAUCAAGACUAAGAUUAGGAAUUCACGUGACUUUUGGAGUGAGCUUCCCACCAAAAUGUGCAGAGAUGCAGCCAAGGAAGGAGCUGCCAGCUGCUGGACAGGCACCAAGCUUGGCAAGUAUGAAGCAAGCAGUGGACUGAACAUUUCUGAGCCUCCUCACCACAGCUCAGAAAUGGACGAGCAGAUCAUGCGGAUCAAGGUCAUAACCAACAAGCUGCUUGAUGCAUACUUGGGGAAAGAUGUAUCAUGGAUUGAUGAAGAGACUUGGCUGAAGACCAGCAACAGACAGAAUGAAGAGACUGUCGGUGACGAUGCCACAGUAGGGUAUGAGGGAAGUGGCAGUGGCAGUGGUGAUGGUCCCCCAGCCUCCUCUGGGCACUAUCCCCCAGAUGAUGAGGAUGCCUACACCUCGUCUGGAAAAGGAGAUGACAGGACCCGGUACGAAGACGACUCUUACGAUGAUGAUGAAGACAUCUACUUGUACAGUAAUUCAGGAGGAGGCAGACGGGACAACAACAAUGCUUAUGAGGGCUCAGGUGCAGGUUGGGAUGGGGAUGAUUAUGAAGGAUCAGGAGGCUUUGUACCCAAGACUCGCCGGCCAGUUCACAAGACCCCCCCACAUGAAACUCCUGGCCGCAGUACUCCCAAGAGUGAGGGGGAGCAGCCUCCCUCAGGUGCCUCAAAGGAGACCAUGUCACUAAAUCGUGCCAUCACCAUCUAUAUGCUGCCAGCCAUCAUCAUGUUCCUGGGGUCCUUGGUCUAAGGCUCCCUUUUUAGUCCACAGGUGGCAAAACUGAACUAUGAGAUAUUGAAAAGAAAAAGAAAAACAGUUACCUGAUUGUAAAAUGGUGAGUGGUGACUUUUGGAUGACACACAUGGAGGAAGCCACACUGGAAAAACUGUCAAGGUGACUUUUCCUGGAAAGUUACAAAAUUUGUCAUUUUUUUAUAUUUUUUGUAUUGCUCAGUGCUUUUAGUUUCUACAUGAAUGUUAGACACUGAAAACAGUUUAGAUGGGAAUUGGACAAUGACUUAUUGUAAUCCAAAAAUGAAAAUUAUUAGAUGAAAAAUUUGAAUAUUUCAGCAAUGAAAAAUUUAAGUAUUUAAGCAUUUUCCUUGUGCAUUACCUGAGUUUGAUGCCAGUUUGUGACUGAAUCAUUGGAAAGAGUUGAAAAGUCAACCAUACAGACGCCUUGUGUUAUGCUGACCAUGCUUAGGCCGGCAGUUGGUGGUGACCCAGUGGAGGAGGUCACUGAACUCUGCUGUUGAUUUGUCAGAGAAUGUGACUGUGGUUCUUCAGGUCUGGUGUUUGAGGUUCUCUUACCUGCAAUUUGUCUAAAUAUGAAAGAAAAUCUCACAUAGGCUGAGGAACUGUUGACCUUAUGUAAGUCUCCAGAACAGGAAAACAGGACUGAAGGCUUUGAAACUAAUGUAAUGGAACUUGUAUGCCAAGAGUAUAGCCCUGUAUCAAGUUACAAUCAAGUUGAUUUUAUUAAUGUCCAAUAGUUGUACUGAAGCUUGACAUCUGUAUUUAAUUACUGUUUUUAUUUUGCUUUACUAAUGGUUCAAUCUGAGACCAAUUGACUUGUUCUUUGCAAACCCCUUCAGAGGCCAAUGUCAAUAUAUAUACCUUUUGAUUUCUUCCCUUCAAAGGCCAAGCUAUGAUAUCAGUCUUAAGAUAAAUGUUCAGACAACCUAACACUGAACCCCUUGCAUGCAGUCCCCUUCUGUUGCUGUGAUAGCUAAGUAUAUCAAAACAUUUAUCUGGUCUUGAAUCAAAACUCGGCCGUCCAGGCAAGAAAUUUACCACAUUUCCUCCUUCAUUUUAUUUCUUAUUUAUGUACUCUUCUGAAUAUGUAGUCCACUAUGUAUGAAUGUGUAUGUAUAAUGUGAUUAGUUUUCAGCAUACUCUUACUUUUGUCUAGUGAUGAAAGUAUUGUUAGAAUCAUCAGCUCAUUACAUUACCAAGAUUUAGGACUCUCACUGUAAGCGUGUCUUUUUUCAUCAUCAUUGUGAGAAAAUGAUUUGUCUGUUGUGUGAUAAUCAUCAUACUUGCAUAUAGAUAUCUUCUAAGAGCAUAAUAUAGACCAACAAGAGGACCUCUCACCCUAGAUAUAAUAGGUAGCCAAGAUAUGAGGACUUGAUUAUUACUGUUGACAUUCAUGAAAGGUGAUGUUCUUAGUUACAGUAGCCCAGAAUUAACUUGAUGGUCCUACAGGAGGAUAGCAGAGUGGUCUUGAAUGCUCUGUAUUUAAUGCCUGGAUGCAGUGCUGUUAUUCAUACUCUACCAUAUCUAUUAACAAUAAGACAUUAAAGUUGGGUAUUGACUCUUACUUUUGGUGCAGACCAAACAAUAAUCUUAAUCUUAAAUGGAAAGCAAUAAGUAUGUACAAUACUGUAAAGUGAUUUGUGAAGACUCCAGAACUAUCCACAUUUAAAAAUACAUUGUAAUUUAUUUAAAAUGAAAUUAUUAUUCUACUAGACCAGGAAUGGGCAGCCUCUCUGAAUCAGCAGGCCAUAGGGUCAUUUUAAGUAUAGAAUUGUGGGACACUUGUUUCUGGAACAAUGAUUUCAAAUACUUCACGCACACUAAUAAUGAAAAGUAAAAACCCAUUAAAGUUAAAAUUCUAUCUAUAUAGGAAGCUCACAUCCCUCUUAACCUUUAAAUCACUGCAAUGGCUUAACUAACUUCACAACUUUCUUAAAUUACCAUAUACUUUUAAUGUGCAAUUCAAUAAAUUCAAUAAAAUUAUCAUAUUUCCCUGUACUAGAGAAAAAUCUCAGAAUUGAAACCACCAGUGUUCAAGGGUUAAGAGAAGGCAGCCAAGAAGAUGCCAAUGAAGCAAUAUAAAUGCAGAGAAUGGGUUUCCUGUCCCCUCUCUGUCCCUUUUAGUUGUCUUUUAUAACAUCCACAGGAUGUGUGGUGGCAAAAUUAAUCCACUUGGUGCACCCGGGCUAUGUCAUGGCCAAUGUUGACCCUAAAAACUGCCACUUAUAUUUUUCAAAAUAACAUUAGGCAUGAGUACCAAUGAUAUGUAGUGUUUUUUUUUUUUUUUUUUUUUUUAUCCUUUCCACCUGCAGUCAGAUAUAUUACUAAAGUGAUUAUAACAACUGAACAGAGAGAAAAGUGUAACAAACUGCAAAAUUUUAAAAUUCAAAAUACACAUCAGAUCUUUAUAAUAACAAAUUUGGAAUGCCAUUACCAAAAACCAUUCUGUUGUCUACUGUAUUACAGCUGUAAGUCACAACUCAAGAUACGUAAUUACCACAGUACACUGCGCCACUACAGGGUGUACCCAGGCCACACGUGGCUUGCUGACCACAGGUUGCCCAUGUCUGUCCUAGAAACUUAGGUCUUUAUGUUUUGAGUUACUUUAUCUUUUGCAAAUACAAAGUUGGUGAUCUCAAGAGCUUGGUUAAACUCUACCUCCUCUCACACAUAGGUGGGCUAUAGGUCUGUGUGCAGUCUGGAUAUAAGUACAGGAAAAUGCUUGCAGGUGUUAAUAUUUGCUUUCUUUGUAUCCCACUUGAGAUGUAAGUCAUACAGGAAGAGUUAUAUUUGGCUAGGAAGUAUGUUAAUCGUACUAAGUUACUGGGUCAGUACAUAUUUAUAUGUAUUUGCACAAGUCCUCUUUGUUACUGAUAUGCUGAGUUAGUAAGGUCACCAGUUCUACAUAUGUAUCAUAUUACAGCCAGUCUUAUUUCCAUUAAAUUAACCAUAUAAGCACAAGAGGAGGUAUUAUAACGUGUUAUAUUUUGUAUUAUAUACUGCCAUCAAGUUAGGUACCUUGUAAAUUUGUCACAAAUUUAGUUAUUUAAUAAUUGUAUAUUGAUUUUUAUAUGUAUGAAUUCAGUAUGAGCACUUUUGUAUGUAACUACUCCUUACCUGCAUAUGAUUUAUUUUCAAUAAUUUUUACUCUUCUCUAAGUUUCUCACAUAGUAUAAAAUUCUGAAGCUUGUGUGAGGCACUUAAGGUCUGCAGGCCCUGGAGGCCCCAAGUGGAUUGAGAUGCUAGCAGUAACUUCACAGGACCCAGUGAGAAACUUCACCUUCUGUCUGUACGUGCUUGGGUCUCUUGUGGUUUUGGCAGAUGAUGAUGUGGCAGGCUUUUUAAGUGAUGAUUUGACACUACCAGCUCUGUAAAGAAAGUUUGAAAAAAAUUAUUUAUCCUCAGAGUGCAAGGUAUACAUACUAAGCUAGUUUUGAUGUAUAAAUUCUUUUAGCUUUCAUAAUAAUUUUGAGGAAUGUUACCAAUAGUAAGAGUAUCUAAAAUAAAGAAAUUGGAGAAGGAUGGGCUAAAAAUAUUGCUUACUUAAUGCACCACAAUCCUGCUACUGAAGUUUUGCAAGAAUGUAAAAUUUACUCAUUAGUCCUCCAAGAAAUUGUAGAACUGGUGUUGAAGUUUUCAUAGUCACUAAUAAGACCUCAGACAAUACUGCAUUUAAUUAUAGUCUCAAGCACUGAUGUAAAGGUAUGUGGAUUGAUAAUUGCCUCAAUCAGUCAAUGCAUUACUGGGCAGUUUAUUAAAUUCCAUUCUGUAAGGAGGAUGUCUGUACAGAGAUAUUUUGUUAUUUUAUUGUACAUAAUACAUAAUGUGAAAAUCUCCUCAUUCUUUUUUACCUAAACAUGACUCACAUGGAGGUUACCCUGAUUGAAUGCAGUACCAAACUUAGUACCACCUUGCAAUUAUCAGUUUUUCAAUGAUGAUCAAUAUAUAAAAUACACCCUUAAUUUAUGGAUCCAUUUAGAGGAAACUGAAAACCUAAUGAAAGAUAAGAGGGUGUCAGAAGCUGGAAAUUUGAUAAAGAUAUAAAGUAAAAGGGUGCCAAUAAAGAUGAAAAUUUGAAUAAAA